AUGCCCGCGCCGCCGCCUCCGUUCCCGCACCACAAGCGUCGGAGACAAUCGCCGCCUAUGAACCGCGCCCACAACAACGACCAAGACCGCCUUCUUCUUUUUGUUCUUCUUCCUGAGGUGCUCUUGUCUCUGGCCGCCGCGCAAGAGAUCGACCAAGCAGCAGUAGCGGAUGAAUGCCGAUUUCUUAGGGAUACUACUAAGGACGUGAACUUGAACGUGCAGGACUGGCAAAAGGCAUCUGGCGCUGGCAGUGUCACCAUAAAAAGUGAGUUUUGA